UCUGUCAACUUUAACAAGUUACGGGAGAGUUAGAAAUCUGACGAGCAGGUACAUCGGAGCAGCCAUGUCUUCGGCGACUCCUCUCCUUCCAGACAUCUACGAUCCCCACAAACACAGGGAAACUAAGUCCGUCCCGGAACGGCUGAAGGAGAAGCCCGUCCAUCCAGCUGCGGAGAAAACACAGACCCCCGCCGAGUUCGCGAGGCCCCCGCGUCAGAGCGUUUGCGUGGAUCUGCUGCGCGAGGGCUUCCCCCGCUCGUUCGCGCAGACGUUCGCGCUGCUGCGGCGCGGGGACGCGGCGGACGCGCGCAAACUGCGCGCGCUCCAGCAGCGCCUCACCUCCGCCGAGGCCGCCGAGAGACACGGACGGUAUGGAGAGGCGUAUGACAGCCACAUGUUUUUGGCCGGGUUUUUCACCGAGCCGGAGGACAAAUGGUUAAAGCAUCAUUUCGUUGAGCUGGCCCUCCAUUCAGCUCGCAAAUUCAAAAUGGACUCCGGCAAAAGAGAGGCUGAGGCCAACCUACACAUGGGCCAAGUUUAUUUAGAGCAGGGUCAGCUGGAGCGAGCGCGAGAGCAUUACGAGGUGUUUUAUCAGUCGACCGCGGGCCGUACAUGGCAGGACCCCGGCGGCCGCGUGCAUCACUCCCGCUCAUGUGAGGAGCUCCAGAAGGUGUUCACGCUGCUGGGACAGAGACCGCGUGGAGAACGAGACGGCACACACACCGUUAAGAUGUUCAACAAGGCCUACCAGAUGGCUAAAGAGUCGGGAGAUCGAGGGCUGGAAGGAGAAGCAGCCUAUAGACUGGGCCUGGUGUAUCAGAGCAUUGGAGACCAGAAGACCGCUAAACAGUUUUUCAGCAUUUGUAUGGAGAUCUCCACAACACUUGGAAACACAGACAGCCUGGGAAGAGCAUAUGAAGCCAUUGCCAAAUCUUUGCAGAGUGAAGGCAAACUAACAGAGGCAACCGAAUAUUUGGAGAAGUUUGCAGAGGUUUCUCAAAGCAAACAGGACAGAAACCUUGAGAAAGCCUACAUGUGCCUCGGAAACAUCCUCAGCUCGAGAAAGCAGUACGAUGGAGCUCGUGAACAUUUUGGACGAGCGUACGAGAUCGCGUGCAAUCUGGCGUCGGUGGCCCGGCUGAGGAAGGCUCAGGUGUGUACGGGCAGCGCUCGGGCCCUCGGCGUGAUGCAGACCUACCACAGGCUCAUAGAGACGCCGGCACGCCAGAACAUCCAGGAAAUCUUCAGCUGGAAGCAGAGAAGGCGCCAAAGCUCGAGUGUGCCAUCGCGAGUGAGCAGACACCUGAACGAUCCAGAAGAAAUCUCAGCCGCAGCAGAGGUAUCUGAGAUACUUCGGUGAGUCCAACGAGGCACAAAACGACUCUCUUCUUUCUUCACAGAGACGAAGAAACGAAGAGAUGAAGGCAGAUGUUUGUCUGAAGGCUGAAUAAAGUUCUAUGAUCUGUCUUUUGGAAAGGUUCCAUAAUAAAUUAAAAAUGUUAAAGAAUAUUCUGAAGUGUGAAGAUAUCGAAUGCUACGCUUUCAGACACAACCAUUAUUAAAACGAUUAGCAAUUUUAAGCAAAACAAAAAAAGUGUCUUUCUUCAAGUUCAAGUUCACUACAAAGUAUUAUUUUGUCAUUAUUUAUUCACCACAUCUUAUGCACUUCACACACACAUGUAUCUGCACAAAAUCUGUGAAUUAAUGUCUUGCGUGCAUAAAUGGUUUAUCAAAUGUUUAAAUUUUAAACCGUCUGAAACCACACGUAAACAAAAAACGCACAUUCCUAUUGCUCUUCGAAGCGAAGACCUUUUGUUUGCCCGCUCAGUUCAUUUUUAUAACACUUUUUGAUGAAUAAUGUAAACAGACGUUAUAAUAUGAAUAUAAAAAUAUAAUUACAUUUGAUUGUAUCUGAACGAAGUACUGCUUUGGGAAGCGUUAUGCAGUGAUGCUGAUGUAUAGCUUAAUGAUUCAUUUUAUUAUUAUGAUUGCGAAGCAUAUUUAGUAGUUUUAAUUGCCCUGAGAUUAAAGUUUAUUUGCAGAAUAAACAAGUACAGGGUUUCAUUUUUCAUGAAUUACUGUAUUUCAAAUGUGCUCAUUGCGUCUACAUCAUUACCAAAGU